AUGCUCUCGCUCUUCUUCUUCCUCUUGUCCCUGCUGCUCGCCCACACGGCCGUUGCCAACACCGAGAAAGUCAUCUUUACGGGUCCCAGCCGUCUGCCAGUGCCUAUUGAGCACCCGACCCUCGAAGAUUUACGGCUCCAUGCGCUGUCCCCGCAGCAGUGGUCGGUGAGGACGCAUCUAUCAGCCGAAUUCCCGGCAAACGUCUCCACGGGUGGCAAAGCUUCUUGGCUCCUCCUUCGCGGGCUAGAGGAAGGCCAAAGAUAUGAGGUCAGGAUAUGCUGGGCGGCCACCGAACCAACGUCUUUCCGACUAGACACUUACGAACUCCCGACGGUGUUUGAAACGCCUGAGUUGAUCACCUCCCUGGCAGAGUACUCCGCAUCGCGGCAGCCGGGUCCAGUCGAGCUCGAAGACCAGGAACCUAGCAUAUCUACGCCACAGCAGCAAUCCAAGCACACCUACGAUGAUGUCUCUUCCGCAUUAUUCUUACAAAUCCAGGCAGCAGCAGAUUACUAUACCACUAAUCAGACACUCAUGAAUAACGUUCCCCCAGUCUUCGUUGACAUUAUUCUUGAUCCUUACAUUGGCAAUGUUCUCCCGCGAUCUCUGGUUCCGACAGUUGCGUAUAUAACUUUACUUGCUAUUGGGAGUUGGUACCUGUCGAAGUACAUUAGCAGAUGGGUACAGAGUCUGGCACGAGAUGACAUGGAGUCGAGAUCGAAAUCGAAGACGAUAUGA